AUGCAGUCACUUGAAUCGAUUGAAAAUAGGGCGGAAUUGAAAGUUGUGGAGAUUAUUGCUCAGGUCGGUUGCUUGGUAGUGAUUAAUCAUGGAAUUUCAAAGGAUUUAAUUAAAUCAGUUCUGGCUGCCGGCGCCGACACUUUUGGGAUCUCGCCUGAGAAGAAGAAAAUGGCAACUACCGGGCCAAAACCACAGCCAAAAACCACCACAGCGACCGUCGGCAGAUAUGGUGUAGUGGCCGAUUUUAAUACGGAGAGAAUAGAAGAUAAGGGAAGGGAAGGAAAACACCAACUUCAACUUGGAAUGGUGUUUGAAAGAUGGAUGGAAAGCAGAGUUGUUGGCAUAGGCUGA